AUGGUUCAAAAGAAAAACUCUAGUUCAGGUAUCCCAGUUGCCCCACCACCUGCUCCUGACCUUCCAAAAGCUUGGGGUCCUAAAGACGCAAUCCCAAUCACCCCACGAGAAAUUGAAGCUAUCUUACAGAAUCUUGGGCGAAAGUUUGGGUUUCAGAAUGAUAGUGUUCGAAAUAUCUUUGACCAUCUAAUGACAAUGCUCGAUUCCCGGGCUUCGCGUGUAAAGCCACAGAUCGCAAUCGAUACUCUACAUGCUGAUUACAUCGGUGGAGAAGGGGCAAACUACCGCAAAUGGUACUUUGCAGCACAGAUGGACAUCCUCGACGAUGAAGCCAAUAACGAAAAGAGAAUAGUUGAGGAAGAUCUAGACGAAGCCCAAUUACUUGAAAAAGCAGAAGAACGCUGGAAACUUCGAAUGCGAGCCCUCACAAACGAUGAGAAGAUACGAGAUCUCGGCCUGUACUUACUCAUCUGGGGAGAAGCCGCUGCUGUUCGAUUUACCCCAGAAACCCUGUGUUUUCUCUACAAGCUGGCGAGUGAUUAUUACUGCCACGGAGAAUGUCCUGAUAUUCCAGAAGGCACAUAUGUUGACGAUAUUGCCACACCCCUUUAUAGAUUUUUUCGUGACCAAACUUACGAAUUAAUCAAUGGCAGAUAUGCCAAACGAGAAAAAGACCACGACGAGAUAAUUGGUUACGAUGAUGUAAAUCAAUUCUUCUGGCACCCUACAUGCCUCAGUCGGAUAUUGCUCACCGACGAAAAGACACAACUCGGAGACCUGCCGAUUCACGAGCGCUGGUUACACCUCAAGGAAGCCAAUUGGAAGCUGGCCUUUCGCAAGACUUACAAGGAGAAGCGUACAUGGAUGCAUGUCUCUAUCAACUUUACCCGAGUGUGGAUCAUUCACAUUGUAUCCUUCUGGUACUACGUGAGUGCCAACGCACCAUCUCUUUACCUUGAUCCAGACCCAGAAAUAGCAAAGCUUGAAUCGUCUGUCCAAUGGUCCAUUGUCGCUCUAGGCGGUAUGAUUGCUGUCAUGUUGAUGCUUAUAGGAUCCUUUUCAGAAUACUCUUAUUUGCCAAUGUCCUGGGCCAAUACAAAAAUGAUCAGCCGCCGUAUUAUGAUCCUAUUUGUCUUGCUUCUAAUAAAUGCCGGUCCGUCAGUUUACUGUGUCUUUCUCGAUCGACAGAGUGGGAUAUCCAAACUGGUUGCUCUUGCCCAACUUUUGAUUAGUAUCGCAACCACUCUUUUCUUAGCAAUCACACCAGCAUCUCGUCUCUUUGUACGAUCAACAAAAAAGAAUGUUCGAUCCACAUUGGCCAAUCGACAAUUUACAGCAAAUUUUCCGCAUCUCAAGAAAAUCGAUCGUAUCAUGUCUAUAUCGUUGUGGAUCCUUGUAUUCUCUUGCAAGCUGCUCGAAUCCUACUUCUUCUUGGCCCUGUCUUUCAAAGACCCUCUUAAAGUUAUGAGCAAAAUGAGCAUAGAGAAUUGCCAAGACAAGAUUAUGGGAACUUUACUUUGUACUUAUAUGCCCAAUAUCACACUCGCACUCAUGUUUAUGAUGGAUCUCGUUCUUUAUUUUUUGGACACCUAUCUUUGGUACAUUAUCUGGAAUACUGUAUUCUCAGUCGCUCGUUCAUUUUAUCUCGGAAUUUCUAUCUGGUCUCCCUGGAGAAACAUCUUUUCUCGUCUGCCCAAACGAAUAUUUGUUAAACUGUUAGCUUCUUCCGAUAUCCAAAUUCAGUACAAGCCUAAAAUAUUGUGCUCUCAGAUUUGGAAUGCUAUUGUAAUUACUAUGUACAGAGAGCAUCUCAUAACUGUAGAGCAUGUGCAGAGAAUGCUUUACCAGCAGGAAAUUAACCCUGUAAAUGGCCAAAGAACACUCAAACCUCCCUCCUUCUUUGUGUCUCAAGAAGACACUGCCUUUAAGACAGAAUAUUUCCCCCAACAUGGUGAAGCUGAGCGUAGAAUUCAUUUCUUUGCACAGAGUCUUACAACUCCUAUGCCUCAACCAAGGCCUGUAGAGUGCAUGCCGACAUUUACUGUACUUGUUCCCCACUAUGGUGAAAAGACCUUGUUAACACUUCGGGAAAUUAUCCGAGAAGAAGACCAAAACACACGAGUGACUUUGCUUGAAUACCUAAAACAACUUCAUCCAGUCGAGUGGGAGAACUUUGUCAUGGACACCAAGAUCAUGGUAGACGAAGCCAACUGUAUUGACUCUGUAGAGAGUGGGGGCUCAAUAAUUGGAAUGAACGAAAAGGAUACCGUAAAGACAAAGAUUGACGAUCUGCCAUUCUAUUGUAUUGGGUUCAAGUCUUCCAAGCCUGAAUAUACCCUUCGUACUCGUAUAUGGGCUUCUCUUCGAUCUCAAACUCUGUACCGUACCAUUUCUGGAUUUAUGAACUACCGAAAGGCUAUCAAGCUACUCUACCGUGUGGAAAACCCAGAUACCAUUCAUCGUUAUCAAGACAAUCAAGAAAAGCUUGAAUCCGAUCUAGAUCGUCUUUCGCGCCGAAAGUUUAAGCUUCUUAUUGCCAUGCAGCGUUAUGCAAAGUUCCAGAAGCAAGAGGCCGAAGAUGCCGAGUUUUUAUUUAGAUCAUAUCCAGACCUACAGGUGGCAUAUGUAGAAGAAGUGCCACCCGAGAAAGAAGGAGAUGAGAUAACAUACUACUCAGUCUUGAUCGAUGGGCGCUCCAAAAUCCUGGAGAACGGUAAACGAGAACCUCGUCUGCGUGUUCGACUACCAGGAAACCCAAUUCUUGGAGACGGAAAGUCUGAUAAUCAGAACCACGCCAUUAUAUUCUAUCGUGGCGAAUUCCUCCAGCUUAUUGAUGCAAAUCAAGAUAAUUACCUAGAAGAGUGCCUCAAGAUCCGCAAUGUCCUUGGUGAGUUUGAGAACCUCGAGCCAACCGAGAUCUCGCCAUAUUCCCCAGCAUGGCAGAACGUAGAGACCUCUCCAGUAGCCAUUGUUGGCGCAAGAGAAUAUAUCUUUUCAGAAAACGUCGGUGUAUUGGGUGAUGUGGCGGCUGGAAAAGAGCAGACCUUUGGUACAUUGACGCAGCGUAUAAUGGCAAAGAUUGGAGGAAAACUUCACUAUGGCCACCCUGAUUUCCUAAAUGCUAUUUUUAUGACAACUCGUGGAGGUGUCAGUAAGGCACAGAAGGGACUUCACUUAAACGAAGACAUUUACGCAGGCAUGAAUGCGUUCACACGUGGUGGCAGAAUCAAGCACACCGAGUAUUUCCAGUGCGGAAAGGGCCGUGAUCUUGGUUUUGGGUCAAUUCUCAACUUUACAACCAAGAUUGGUACGGGUAUGGGUGAACAAAUGCUGUCUCGAGAAUAUUAUUAUAUCGGCACCCAGCUCCCAUUGGAUCGUUUUCUGACAUUCUACUAUGCUCAUCCCGGAUUCCAUAUCAACAACAUAUUUAUCAUUCUGUCUGUGCAGAUGUUUAUGCUUGCGUUACUGUUUAUUGGUGCAAUGGGAUCUACACUUUUGGUGUGUGAAUACAAUGCAGAUGCUCCACCUGAUGCCCCACUUAUACCCGCUGGAUGUUACAAUAUGGUUCCAAUCUUUGAGUGGGUCAAGCGUUGUAUUCUAUCCAUUUUUGUCGUCUUCUUUGUAUCUUUCUUACCAUUGUUUCUCCAAGAGCUGACAGAACGUGGCUUUUGGCGUGGUCUGACUCGACUUGGGCGGCACUUUGUCUCGCUUUCACCUCUGUUUGAGAUUUUUGUGACCCAAAUUUACACAAAUUCUGUUCUAGAAAAUCUUGUAUAUGGCGGUGCUCAGUACAUUGGUACCGGCCGAGGAUUCGCUACUUCGCGUAUUCCAUUCUCAGUGCUGUAUUCUCGAUUCUCUGGUGCGAGUGUGUAUCUUGGUGCCCGCAAUCUUCUCAUCAUGCUUUUUAUAUCUCUGGCCGUUUGGAUCCCGCACUUGAUUUACUUUUGGUUCACCGUGAUUGCCUUGAUUAUCUCUCCGUUUGUCUUCAACCCCAACCAGUUUGCACUUAUCGAUUUUUUGGUAGACUACCGAGAGUUUAUUCGAUGGCUUUCAAGAGGAAACUCAAAGUCGCACAAGAGUUCUUGGAUCAAUGAAACAAGGUCGCUAAGAACGCGUAUCACGGGGUACAAGCGGCGUCUGACUGAAAAUGCAAUUGUUACCAGCGACACUCCAAGAGCCCGUAUCGGAUCAGUGUUUUUUUCUGAGAUUGUCAUUCCACUGUGCAAUGCAAUCCUGUGCGUUGUUCCAUACGUAUUUGUCAAAAGCUUUGAUCCAGAUGACAGUGCUCUGCCUAGUACUGGCCCCAGUGGUUUGAUUCGUAUUGGAGUAUUAGCCUUUGCGCCCAUCCUUUUGAAUGCAGGUGCACUUGCCAUCUUCUUCUUUGUUUCUAUUUCACUUGGAUCUAUACUGAGUCUUUGUUGUGUAAAGUUUGGCUCGGUCAUGGCUGCUCUAGCGCACGGAUGGUCUGUGUUAAAUUUGAUAAUAAUUUUCGAGGGACUGAUGUUGCUUGAGGACUGGAAGUUACUCAAUAUUGUUUUGGGGCUUAUAUCUAUGGUGGCUCUUCAAAGAUUUGUUCUUAAGGUGUUCACUGUUAUGUUCUUGACACGUGAAUUCAAACAUGAUGAAUCCAAUCGUGGAUGGUGGACUGGAAAGUGGUACGGCCGUGGGCUUGGAUGGCAUGCCAUUUCACAGCCUCUUCGAGAAUAUCUAUGCAAGAUAGUAGAAAUGAGUGAAUUUGCAGUCGAUUUUGUCCUCGGGCACUUUAUACUAUUCUUCCUGUCUGUGUUCUGCCUUAUUCCGUACAUAAACACAGCCCACUCUCUUAUGCUUUUCUGGCUGAGGCCAAGUAAGCAGAUCCGGCCACCAAUCUGGACAGCCAAGCAGGUUCGCACGCGUAAAAAAAUUGCAAUUACAUAUGGUAUCUUGUUCCUUGGCCUCUUUCUCUCGUUUACUGGCCUUCUUGUUGCACCCCUCAUCCUUGGCAAAGGUCUCAAGCUUGUCAACACACGCAAGCUUCCUAUUUAG